AUGUACGUGCUUUUGCUUGAUACUGAUUCUAAAGGAGAAAGUGGAAUUGAAGGGGAAAUAGGGGAGCCUGGUCUACCAGGACCUGCAGGUACCACUGGAAAGCCAGGAAAACCUGGACCCUCAGGUGAUCCAGGUAUUAAAGCAGAACAAGGCGAGAAAGGUGAUCCCGGUCCCAAAGGAGAUCAAGGUCCUCUUGGUCCUCCUGGUAAACGUGGAUUUAGAGGUCGAGGGGGUCAUUCUGGUGUUCAAGGAGAAAAGGGCCCAAGUGGACCUGCUGGGCCACCAGGACCUCAGGGCUUGGAAGGAAGCACUGGAGAGCAGGGGAAACAAGGCAAGGAUGGACUAAAGGGAGAUCGAGGCCCUCUUGGUAUACCUGGAGUUCCUGGACCUAAAGGUGACAAGGGUCGCACUGGACAAAGUGGAUUCUCUGGUUUUCCAGGACCUUUGGGGCCAAUGGGAAAACCAGGAGAGCGAGGACCCGAAGGAGAUCCUGGUAUUAAGGUUCCCGUGGUUUACAUGGAAAGCCUGGUGAUCCGGGUGUCCAAGGUCCUGUGGGAAAAAGAGGGGAUCCUGGAAUUAGGGGACUUACUGGUGAACCUGGAAAGCCUGGAGUAA